AGGGAGAAGAAAUUGGAGAAGGCGGAAGGCAGCAGCAGGCAUUCCGCAGGCAUUUCCAAGUGGCGAGUGUUGGGGUGGAGGGUUCCCGCCCCAUGUGCCGACGACCUUCCAAGAACUUUGCAUCUCACUUCAAACCUUUUAUACUCCUUAUUCCUCCUCUUUUUGUUUUCUCCAAUUCACCAUUACUCACUCACAUUGCCUUUGCAUCCCUCCCCCACCAUUAUGGAUCCUACCAGAGUUUUUGUUAAGAAUGUCAAGCGUGUUGUUUUCAAGGUAGGCACUGCUGUGGUUACAAGAAGUGAUGGUAGAUUGGCAGUUGGCAGAGUAGGAGCUAUCUUUGAGCAGCUUGAAGCAUUGAACUCUCAAGGCUAUGAGAUAAUUUUAGUGACAUCAGGUGCUGUUGGGGCUGGUCGCCAAAGGCUCAAGUACAGGAAAUUGUUAAACAGCAGUUUUGCUGACUUGCAGAAACCACAAGUUGAAAUAGACGGAAAGGCUUGUGCAGCAGUCGGACAGAAUGGUCUUAUGGCACUAUAUGAUUCGUUAUUCAGCCAGUUGGAUAUUACUUCAUCCCAACUCCUAGUUACAGACAAUGACUUUAAAAGUACAGACUUCAGAACCCAACUUUCUCAAACAGUGAAUUCAUUGUUAGCUUUAAGGAGUAUCCCUAUCUUCAAUGAAAAUGAUGCAAUCAGCACUAGAAGAGCUCCAUAUGAGGAUUCAACAGGUAUCUUUUGGGAUAAUGAUAGUCUGGCAGCUUUGCUGGCACUUGAAUUAAAAGCUGACCUCCUGGUAUUGUUGAGCGAUGUCGAGGGUCUUUACAGUGGUCCUCCGACUGACCCAAAUUCAAAGCUAAUACAUACAUAUAUCAAGCAAAAGCAUCUCGGAGCAAUAACGUUUGGAGAUAAGUCGAGGGUUGGAAGAGGAGGAAUGACAGCUAAAGUAAAGGCUGCAGUUAGCGCUGCUGACUCUGGCACUCCUGUUGUCAUAGCCAGUGGUUUUGUUGCAGGCAACAUUGGUAAAGUGCUAGAAGGACAACGUAUUGGUACUCUCUUUCACAAGGAUGCACAUGCAUGGGUUACUUUUAAUGAAUUUACUGCACGGGAGAUGGCAGAUGCUGCAAGAGAUUGCUCAAUGCGCCUACAGAGUAUUUCUUCUAAAGAGAGGAAUAAAAUUUUGUUGGAUAUUGCGGACGCAUUAGAGGAAAAACAAGAUCUAAUUAAGGUUGAAAAUGAAGCUGAUGUCGCUGCUGCUAAUGAUGCUGGAUAUGAUGAAUCAUUAAUUUCCCGCUUGGUGUUAAGCCCUGCCAAGAUCUCUGCUCUGGCAAAAUCUGUCCGCACCAUUGCGGAGAUGGAAGAACCCAUUGGUCGGGUAGUGACAAAAACUGAGCUUGCAGAUGGACUCAUCCUGGAAAAGACUACAUGUCCUUUGGGUGUUCUCUUGAUUAUUUUUGAAUCUCGACCUGAUGCACUAGUUCAGAUUGCUUCACUAGCAAUUCGGAGUGGGAAUGGUCUGCUGCUGAAAGGAGGUAAAGAAGCCAGGCGUACAAAUGAGAUCCUUCACAAGGUGAUUACUGGCGUCAUUCCUGAAACAGUUGGUGAAAAACUUAUAGGACUAGUGACUUCGAAAGAGGAAAUUCCUGAUUUACUCAAGCUUGAUGAUGUGAUAGAUCUUGUGAUCCCAAGAGGCAGCAAUAGACUUGUCUCAGAGAUAAAGAGCUCCACAAAAAUCCCUGUUCUUGGUCAUUCUGAUGGGAUUUGCCAUGUUUAUGUUGAUACGUCAGCAAAUAUGCAAAUGGCUAGGAAUAUUAUCAUGGAUUCUAAGCUGGAUUAUCCUGCUGCCUGUAAUGCUAUGGAGACACUUCUUGUUCACAAGGAUUUUUCAAGUUCUGAAGGUUUACAGGACCUUGUAGUCGAACUCAGUCAUGGAGGUGUUACACUGCAUGGUGGCCCAAGGGCAAGUUCACGUUUAAAAAUUCCAGAGGUCCAAACAUUUCACCACGAGUACAACUCAAGGGCUUGCACAAUUGAAAUUGUGGAUGAUGUGAAAGCUGCUGUUGAUCACAUACGCAAACAUGGAAGUGGCCACACUGAAUGCAUUAUUGCAGAAGAUAAAAGAACCGCUGAAUAUUUCUUGCAACAUAUUGACAGUGCUGCAGUCUUUCACAAUGCAAGCACUAGAUUCUGUGACGGGAUGCGGUUUGGCCUUGGUGCAGAGGUUGGAAUAAGCACGAGCAAGAUUCAUGCUCGAGGUCCAGUGGGAGUUGAAGGACUAUUAACAACAAAAUGGGUUCUUAGAGGCAAUGGACACAUCGUGAAGGGAGAUGAGGGGGUCAUCUAUACCCACAAGAACAUUGUCAGCAGUGAGAGUUAGGGUCUAACUAAUAUUCAUCAAAGGCAGCAUCGUUUUUACUUUAUGCUUGCCUUAUACCAAAUUUUGGUCGAAUUUUGUUUUGAGGAUAUAGGAGGCUCAGUAUUUAUUUAGUUUAUAUUUCUUUUAGUAGUCAUGAAACUUAAAACACUCGGGAUCAAAUAACCCAAUGCCUUUAUUAGUUUAUUAUUACUCGCACAAAUUAAUGGCUACUACACAAGGUUGAAAGCUAAGUACAAGAAAAUGGAAAAAUGACUGCCAUUUUUUGUCUAAAUUAGAAUAGUACUCAAAU